UUUAGGAGUUGUAGCAACAAGUGCGAAGUUUACAUCACCGAAGAAAAGCUUUAGGCAAGAAGGGGAACCAACGGCUGCUAAACAUCUCAGAUUCGACCUUUCGUAGGUGAUAAUAGAAGAGAUUUACUGCGGAUUUCUUCACCUUCAGACGGUGUUGGGACAUUGCUGGAGUUCUUUACGUCCUGUGUGGUCGUCAUGCCUUCUUAUACAGUUACAGUUGCCACAGGGAACCAGUGGUUUGCGGGGACUGAUGAUUACAUCUAUAUUACACUUGUGGGCACGGAGAGCUGCAGCGAGAGAACGCUCCUGGACAAGCCUCUUUACAAUGACUUUGAGAGAGGAGCGGUGGACUCCUAUGAGGUGAGAGUUGGGGAGAACCUGGGUGACAUCGUCUUGGUGAAGAUUGAGAAGAAGAAAUACUGGGUACAAGACGACUGGUACUGCAGGUACAUCACUGUCAAGACCCCAUCUGGAGACUACUUGGAGUUCCCCUGCUUUUGUUGGCUGGUGAAUGACAAGGAAGUGGUGCUCCGAGAUGGACGAGCACAUCUGCCUCAGGAUGAUAAAACCAGUCUGGUCAAGCAGCACAGACAGAAAGAGCUGGACGGGAGGAGAAAAACCUACAGAUGGAGGGAGUGGCAGCCAGGCUUUCCUAUGAGUAUAGAUGCUAACAGACACAAGGAUUUGCCCCGGGACAUCCAGUUUGACAGUGAGAAAGGAGUCGACUUCAUACUGAACUACAGCAAGGCAAUAGAGAACCUGUUUGUGAACCAGUUCAUGCACAUGUUCCAGUCCUCCUGGAGUGACUUCUCUGACUUUGAGAAAAUCUUUGUGAGAAUCAAAAACACCAUUUCAGAGUAUGUGAUGCAACACUGGAAAGAGGACUUCAUGUUUGGAUACCAGUUUCUGAAUGGUUGCAACCCUGUACUGAUCCGGAAGUGCAAGAAGCUCCCUGACAAGUUUCCUGUCACUCAUGAGAUGGUUGCUGUCAGCCUGGAGAGGGAGCUCACCCUGGAGGAGGAAAUAGAGGCAGGUAACAUCUACAUAGUAGACUACGAGGUGCUAGAUGGCAUCACUCCAAACUCCACAGACCCCUGCACACUGCAGUACCUGGCAGCUCCGAUCUGUUUGCUAUACAAGAACGCUCAUAACAAGAUCAUGCCCAUCGCCAUACAGCUUGGCCAGGUUCCAGGUGAAGACAACCCCAUCUUCCUGCCAACUGAUGGUCAGUACGACUGGCUGCUGGCUAAGAUCUGGGUCCGCUCCAGUGACUUCCACCACCACCAGACAAUCACACACCUGCUCCGGACACAUCUGAUGACAGAGGUGUUUGGUAUUGCCAUGUUCAGGCAGCUUCCUGCUGUUCACCCUGCAUUUAAGCUACUCAUCCCACACAUUCGUUUUACCAUCGCAAUCAAUACCAAGGCUCGAGAGCAGCUCAUCUGUGAGUGCGGCAUCUUCGACAAGGCGAAUGCAACAGGCGGAGGCGGUCACGUCCAGAUGGUUCAGAGGGCAGUGAAGACUUUGACCUUCAGGUCUCUGUGCUUCCCUGAUAUGAUCAAGUCCCGUGAUGUGGACAGUAAGGAGGAACUGCCGACCUACUUCUACAGGGAUGAUGGCUACAAGGUGUGGGAGGCUACCAAGAGGUUUGUGUCUGAUGUAGUGAAUAUUUAUUACACAAGCGAUGAGAGGGUGCAGGGAGAUGAAGAAAUCCAGGCCUUUGUUAAAGAUGUGUGCAGCUUCGGUAUGCAGGACCUGGAUUACUGCGAGUUUCCCAAGUCCCUGAAGACACGCGAGGAGCUGAUAGAGUACCUGACCGUUAUUAUCUUCACUGCCUCAGCCCAGCAUGCAGCUGUCAACUUCGGACAGUAUGACUGGUGUUCCUGGAUCCCCAAUGCUCCAUCUACCAUGCGGAAACCCCCACCCAACAAGAAAGGUCUGGCAAAUGUGAAUUUGAUCGUUGAGAGCCUUCCUGAUCGCGGGCGCUCCAGCUGGCACCUGGGGGCCGUCUGGGCCCUCAGCCAAUACCAAGAGAAUGAACUGUACCUGGGAAUGUAUCCUGAUGAGCACUUCACAGAGAAGCCGGUGAAGGAUGCCAUGGCAAAGUUCAGGACGGAGCUGGCAGAGAUAACCAGCUCCAUCAAGAAGAGGAAUGAGGGAAAGAAGCUACCAUACUACAACAUGUCUCCUGACAAAAUCCCAAACAGUGUUGCAGUCUGAGAAUUUAAAAAAAGACUAAUUUAGUGGAGAGGCUCAUACUUAUUAUACAUACAGAUUGAAGAUUGAUGAUAAUGUUACCGAGCUGUCCAAAUAUGCUCUAUGUUACCUAUGAUAGGGAUAUUUCUGUGGAAGCGGUUUCUUUUUAAUCUUGUAAUAGUGCAUCUUGAAAAAUCUGAAUAUUUUGAAGGUUUUUAUUGUAAUAAUUCAGGAAGAUAAACUUUCAUAUUAUCUACAUUCAUUAUACGUAAAGUGAACAUUAAAAACAUCUUUUAAUUAUGCUGGUUAUGGUCAAAAAUCCAGUGUCCCAAAUUAUUUGAAUAUUUCCUGAUAUUUCUCCCAUGAUCUCCCAAAUCUGAAAAGCAUUAAUUUAUAUGCAGAAUAACUGGUUGGGGGUCUUUUACCACAUGUUACUGCAUCAGUGGUGGUACUGCUGAGGUGUUUUUGUUGUUUCUCAUCUUCACUGUGACUAUACCUCACAAAUUCUCUCUGUAGUUCAGGUCAGGUGAGUUGAUUGGCCAAUCAAACACAAUAAUAAUGAUGAUAUGGGGAGAAAAACAUCUGGUAGUCAUUUUGGCACUGUGGGCAGAUGCUAAGCUUCAUGCUGCAAAAAUGAAAUCAGUAUCUCCAUAAAACCUCUCAGCAAAAGGAAACAUGAAGCUCUAAAAUAUCCUGAUAGAUGCCUGUGUUGACUUGUGACUUGAUAAAACUCAGUGGAUCAACCACCAAUAACAACCAGCACCUCGAAUCAUCACAGACUCCAGAAAGUUCACACUAGAAUUCAAACACCUGUGCCUCUCCAGUCUUCCCCCAGUCUCUAGUACCUUGACAGAAAAUGUACUUCAUCUGAAAUGAGCAGCAGUUCACUUCCUUCUCUCCUUAGCUCAUGUAAGAUGCUUCUGACAGGAAUGACCUGAUGUAACGGAUGUGGGUCUUUUCUUGUGAAGUUCUCCCAAAUUCUUGAAUCGACUUCUCCUGAUAAUCCUCUCAAGGCUGCUGCUCGUGCACCUUUUCCCUGUCCAGUCAACUUCCUGCUGUUAUGCUAUGUUUGAAUAGUAAUUUAUGCAAACUGGAAAUUAAAUAUUCUAAUUUGUGAGAAUUAGUGUGUGAUUAAUAAGGAAUAUGUGAAAGUUUACCUUUUUGAAUGACAAAAAAAAGUUUUUGUCAUUUUUGUUCUUUUUUAAAGGUGCAUGAGUACAUAUUGUGUUGCCUUUGGUGUCUUUCCUCAUCUUGCCCUUGCAUAACAAUUACUUAAGAGGUUGAGAGAAGGUGACAAACCGUGUUUUCUGCUAUAUGCUGAAUGUGAAGUUUGUAUUUCUGUCAUAGAAAAGUUUUAGGGCAAGAUCAUCGAGCAGCUAGCUGAACGUUUCUGUUAUUUGCAGCUUAUUUGGGUGAAAAUAAAUUAAAAUGCUACUUCGCAA